AUGUGGCUCACCAGCAACAAAUCCAACAAGAAGGGCGUCAAAUCGUCGAGUAGAGACAACACCCCGCUGGAAUCAGGCAAGACUACAAAAUUACUUGGACCAGGUGUACGCGAUAAGACUGGUAAGAUUACGGAGUAUUCUUCAGCAGAAGACAAAUGCCCAGUAUGUUCUUCAGACCGCUAUCUGAAUCCAUCGCUACGAUUACUGGUAUCUCCUUGCUAUCACAAAAUGUGCGAGAGCUGCAUAGAUAGAUUGUUUACAUUAGGUCCGGAGCCGUGUCCAAUCUGUGGAAAAAUCACUCGCAAGACAGCCUUCGUUGCACAGACAUUCGAGGACCUAGGCGUAGAGAAAGAAGUAGCUGUGAGGAGGCGUGUAGCGAAAGCGUACAAUCUAAACGCAGAAGACUUUUCAGACCUACGCAGCUACAACGAUUACUUGGAAGAGGUGGAAGAUAUAACCUACAACCUAAUUAACAACAUAGACAUUUCAAACACAGAGGCCAAAAUACGCUCGCAUCAGGCCAAGAAUGCAUCAUCGAUUAUAUCCAAUUCAGCGAGGGAAGUGGCGGACGCAGAAGCUGUUAAAGCAGAGGAAGAGCGUGAGCGCAAAGAGCGUGAAGCUCGAGCGAAGGAGGCACGACGGGAAUUGGAGCAAGAAAUGAUAGAAAAAGACCAAGACAAAGAAGUACUUUUGAGAGAAUUGGAGCAUUCUUCAAAAUCAGCAGGAAAAGUAAUGGCACAGCAGAAAUCAAAAGCACUGAAAAGAUCAUCAGCUCGCACAACCAAUCAACUCAAGCCAGUGUCGAUACCGACUAACACAUUCCCACCGGACAAUCCAAUGCCAUUCAUGACAGACGACGUAUGGGAUCCUCUUUAUGAUGAAGAUGCGUAUGAUGACUAUAGCGGUCUCUACAAACUCGCACCGAGCGUCUAUGCGGAUGGCUUCAAGGGUGCUGAGAGUGUCGUCGGCGGUGACGAAAUUGCAAGAGCUGGUGGCUGGACGAGAGAACAGGCGUGGGAGAGGGCCAUACGCGAGGAGGAGAGCUGCCUGAUAAAGUUUGAUAGAGUUGCUAGCAGCACAACUCUCGUUUUGAAGGAGCACUUAUCGCUAAUUGACUGCCUGCCAGAGCUGAAAAUUAAAUCAGAAUCCAAGUACUGCGAUCAAGUGAGACUGGUAUACUUCGGUAGAGUGCCCGAUAAUAAAGACCCGCUUUAA